ACGCUGUCCACUUGGUCCCAACGUUGGACCAACCACUCCACGUGCAACAAUCCACCGCAGGCACGAUUUCACCACCAUUGGCAACUGAUUUGGCAGCUUCGCCGCCAACUUUCAGCGGGGAUUCGACGUCAUGGUCAAGACUCGAGAGACUCGACCCGUUGACGUUCGCGGACUUCCAAUGGAUGUCCCUUCCCCUGACCGGUCGAUUGCCGAAACCGCAUUGCAACGUGCUCAUGGCACAAUUGCAGGAUUACUUGCGCACUGCAGUACCAGCUCCGUUGAUGGAUGCCGGAGUAGAGGUUGUCGACCUUCACGACUACGUUGUGAAGAUCGACCACGAGUUCAAGACACAAUGGUACGACGACAUCGACGCGCCAUUGUUGUACAUAUGCAUUCAGAUCGGAGAGUCGACGCUUUGAUCGACUGUGGAGCUACUCGCAACUAUAUGAGCCAAGACUUUAUGGUACGCGUUGGCCUUGGGUCAUGCGUUCGGAGGAAGUCGCAGCCCACGCAAGUCACGUUGGCCGACGGUCACACGUCCAAGUCAAUCGACCGGUGCAUUGAUUCCGUCCCCGUGUACUUUGGCCCCCAUGCAAGCGAGGCCGUGUCCUUCGACAUUUUGGACACCCUGUUCGACAUGAUUUUGGGUAUGUCAUGGCUGCAAAGCGAAUAUCACCCAGUGAUCUUCUAUCGCCGCACCGUUCACGUUCGUGAUCGGAAUGGAGUACUAGUCCCAUGCACGGUGCCUCCUCCCCACCCUUCGAUCAACUGCCAUGUGGUGUCCUCCGCAAGCGUUCGAGCUUCCAUCACCAGGGAUAACAUCGAGGAGAUGGGGGUGUGUUUUCUCCACGCCCUCCCUCCCCAUGACAUCCCAUCGACGAAUGCAUCACCGGACCCACGCAUCACCGAGCUUCUCGACGCUUACGACGACGUGUUCGAAGCCCUGCACGGAGUAGUACCGGAUCGGCCCAUCCGCCACGAGAUCAUCCUCGAGGUCGGGGUCAUACCUCUGCAUGGUUGCCUUUACCGCAUGAGCGAGGAAGAGUUAAGCGUGCUACGGGCACAACUCGACGACCUUCUUGAGAAAAGCCGGAUUCGGCCUAGCUCUUCGCCAUACGGUGCUCCCGUUCUCUUCAUCCGAAAGAAGAACAAGGACUUGUGGUUGUACAUUGAUUAUCGCAAGCUCAACGUGCAAACAGUCAAGAACGUCGGCCCUCUCCCGCGCAUCGACGACCUUCUCGAACGGCUGGGCGGCGCUAAGUUCUUCUCCAAGCUUGACCUCAAAUCGAGAUAUCAUCAACUUGAGAUCCAGCAGGAAGACCACUACAAGACCGCCCAGAGUUUGGACGAGUAUGUGGAGCACAUGCACACCGUUUUGGAACAGCUACAACAAGCCAAGUACAAAGCCAACCGCGACAAAUGCAAAUUCGCGAGGCAAGAGCUCGAGUACUUGGGCCAUUUUGUGAUGCCGCAAGGCAUCCGUCCGCUCGCGGACAAGAUUGAGGCCAUCCGAGAAUGGCCUGAGCCCACCAACACCACAAAAGUUUGUUCAUUCAUGGGGUUGGCAGGCUACUAUCAAUGCUUCAUCAUCGGGUACUCAAGGAUUGCCGCACCAUUGACGAGAUUACAGUCGCCGAAGGUGCCAUUCGUAUUCGAUGACAACGUGCGCCGGUCAUUCCAAGCACUCAAGACGGCCGUGCUCAUGGCACCCGUCCUUAGCAUCUACGACCCCACUUUGCCAACGAGAGUGACAACUAACGCUUCUGGCUAUGGCAUUGGGGCAGUCUUGGAACAACACGACGGCGACGACUGACACCACGUGGAGUAUUUUAGCCACAAGGUGCCCCCCAUCAACUUACUCGAUGAUGCAAGGAAGAAGGAGCUGCUCCCAUUCGUGAUGGCUCUCAAGCGCUGGCGACACUUCCUCCUUGGGCGUCGUAGGUUCACAUGGGUCACUGACAACAACCCGUUGACCUACUACAAGAUGCAGGAUACGGUGAGCAACACGAUUGGACGAUGGAUGUACUUCAUCAACCAAUUUGACUUCACACCGAAACAUCUCGUCGGCCUCUCCAAUCGCGCAACAAAUGCACUCUCGCGAA